UUACACGUUAAAGCUAAAAUUUCUUGGCAAUUAUCACUUCAACACACCCACCACCCCCCACUCCAACCCCACCCCAACUUUGGCAAUCAUUGUACUACUUACUACUUCUUCCCCCUCCUGAAUUCUACUCUACAGCUAUCUCUCUCGCCGGAAAACUCAUCGGAAUUUUACCAGCACGUUCUUCUCCUUAAUGGGUUUCUCUCUAUAUCAAGAUUUACCGAGUUCUUACUGAUCAUAUUUUUGUUUACUGGCAUUGAAUGAUAAAGAUUAAAAGUGGAUCAUAACGAAACACUUGAAAUUGUUCGAGUGAUUGGGUUUUAAUUUUCUAGUUUGAGAUGAGCGACCAAACGUCUGAAUUUCAUGUAGCACAACAAAGCAGGAGAGAAAGGUUUAGGUUUAAUUCGGAGCAAGGAAUUCAACCAUAUCAUUAUGGAAAUAUUUCGUAUGAUCCAUCUGUAUUGUCGACUGAAAUGUUUAAUUUCGGUACAAGCACGGAACCUGUUGUAGUGUCAAAUAAGGAUACUAUGAUGAUGCAUAAUCUAGAGCUGCGAGCUGCAAGUGAUCGGCUUGAUCAUAGAGUUAGUCAUGAUGUUACACAAAAUUGUAGCAAUUGGAAAAGCAUUGAUUUGCAGCAGACCGGUAAUUGUAAUUGGAAUAAUGUUGGAAAUUAUUCAAGUGGAUCUGGAGUUGUUAUUGAAAGCAAUUUAAGUACUCCAAUGUUUGUAGGGGAUCAAGGUUUAUCGGGAUCGUUGAAUUUGAAUAAUGUUUCUACCAUUGAUGUGAAGCCCAAUUUUUCCGAUUAUCAAGAAAUACAGCAGUCUCCCGUGACUAAUUCAUCCUCUAAUAUGCAAUAUAGUUCCACCGCAGUACUUUACCAUGAUACUCUUCAACAAGUUGUCACUUCUGCCACCGUUGGAACCCGAGGUGUAGAAAUGCCUGGCUGUGGUUCGUGGACGGAGAGCGGGAAUGAACUUCUUUUGCUUCCAAAUUAUGUUGAUCAUUCUCGCCCAUUACACGUGAAAAACUCUUCUGACUUAGUAAGUAGGCCGGUUGAGAGAUGUCAUCAAUGGAUUAGCUGUGAAUUGGGUACAAAUGUUAGCACUAGUACUGCUCCUGAUAAUUCUAACGCUCAGGCAUUAGUUCUUUCGCUCUCACCGGUUUCAACAUCAAAAACAAAUAUGGAACAGAUAGAAAAAAGACAUGCAUUAUGUGAAAAUUUUGCAAUUGCACAUCGGAGUGCUGUGCCACUUGGUCCUUUCACUGGUUAUGCAACUAUACUGAAAAGCUCAAAGUUUCUAAGGCCGGCGCAACAGUUGAUGGAUGAACUUUGCAACCUUGCAGCUGGUUCGAACGCCGUUACAAGUUCCAUUUUCUCGAAGAAAGUUCGUGAGGGUGGUGUUAGGGUUUCUGGUGAUGUUAGUGCUGCUGAGUCUUCAUCAGGAGCCAUUGUCGGAGAUUCGGGUGGCUCAUCAGCUGAAUCCAAUGGGCGGCCUGAUUAUUUGCAAAAGAAGGCGAAGCUAAUAUAUAUGCAGGAUGAGAUUUGUAGAAGAUACAAACAGUAUCAUCAGCAAAUGCAAAUGGUGGUCUCAUCCUUUGAAACUGUGGCUGGGCUUAGUGCAGCGACCCCUUACAUUUCCUUAGCUCUCAAAUCAAUCUCGCAACAUUUUAGAUCAUUGAGGACUGCCAUCUCGGAUCACCUAAAGAAUAUAAGGCAAGCAUUAGGUGAAGACUUGCCGUCCCCUGCAACUGGCAUGAGCAAAGGUGAUGGAACUUCAUCGAAGAUGAAAUUCGUUGACCAGACUUUACAUAAGCAGAAAGCUGGUGGAGCCGGGGUGGCCUUUUUUGAAUCCCAGCAACAUGUCUGGAGGCCCCAACGAGGCUUACCCGAGCGUGCUGUGGCUAUUCUUAGAGCUUGGCUUUUCGACCACUUCCUUCACCCGUAUCCUACAGAUAGUGAUAAACACAUGCUGGCCACUCAAACUGGCUUAACUAGAAACCAGGUUUCUAAUUGGUUCAUUAAUGCACGUGUGCGUGUGUGGAAACCCAUGGUUGAAGAAAUUCAUACGCUGGAGACUAAAGGAUUGGGAGAUCAAACCGGCUCUAGUGUCAGAAGAUCAGACGGGAAGCUUGUGACAGAACGACCAAACCAUGUAAAUGAUGGAUUGAAUAGAAGUAGUAUUAGCAUUUCAAAUUGUGGCCAACACUUCAAUGUACUCAACAUGAGUGGCAUGUCAGAGAAGCAAGAUGACUGCUCAGGGAUCGGCCCCUCAGAACGAUUAGACGAAGAUAUAUUGUGGAAGAAUCAAGAAAAGCGGUCAAGGUUAGAGUGUCACAUUCCUGCUAGCAUGGAUGGUUCGUUAAUGGGGUUUGUACCUUACCAGAGAAAUGGACUUGAAAUCGGAGGUAUAGGAGCUGUGUCGUUGACACUGGGUCUAAGGCAAAAUGCUGAGGCUGCACAACAACAGCAACAGUUGCAACAACUACACGAACAUCGACUCAGACAGCAGUUUGGAGGUCAGAUGAUUCAUGACUUUGUAGAUUGAAUGGUUUAUUAUGACAAUUGUCUAGCAAGUUUAAGUUUAAGCCGCGUAAAGACAUCACAAGAUAAAUGUGCUGAAUUUUGUUGAUAUAUUGAGUAGUGAAAGGCACCAUAAAGGUAUGGGGAAAAUAGUUGUAGAUUAUCAUUUAUGUAGUAGUAAGUAUAGGGGGCUUAACCAUA